UUGACCAGACAGAAAGGUUUUGUGCUCGAAAGAAAAACAAUGUUCGUGAAAGUGGUAACAGUCUUGCUAGUGGUUGGCGUAGCCACCGCAGCACGCCCAGCGCCUAUGAGUAUGGAUCGCCAGUUGGUGGAUAUGUUGAUGCACUACAGCGUAGAAAGAGCUGCCAAUCCUGCACUAACUCAAUAUUGCUUCAAUCGCUAUUUACCCAUUCUCGACGCCCAUUCCGCGGAGUAUUCUCGUGAGUACCAGGCUUGUGGGGAUUCUUUGAAUCGCCUGAUUUAGCCGCUGACGCUAAGUACAGAGAAUCAAAUG